UUUUAGUUUGGAUGACGUUUCUUUUCUUGUGCUUUCAGAUGUUUUGAGGUUUUGUUUUCGUCAGUUUUGGCAAAUCAGUGUAAAAUGCCGGCUGUUUCACAAUCUUUCUGCUCCACCUGUGGAGAAUCGCAUGCCAAAUACAGAUGUCCAGGAUGCAAGAACCCUUCAUGCAGUCUGACUUGUGUCCAAAAACACAAGGAGAAACUCGUCUGUGAUGGCAAGCGCCCAAUUGCUCAUUUCAUUGCUACAAAUGAGUUCAACCAGUCAGAUUUGCUAAGCGAUUAUCGCUUUCUAGAACAGGUCGAGCGAAGUUUGUACGGCAAAAAGUAUAACCGCAUAGUGCACUCUAACCAGAUGUAUCCGGUAGUGGUGGACUAUCUGAGACGAGGGGCGUUUAAAAGAGGAAUCAAACUGAAGUUCCUCUCUCUGGGCAUGCAGAAACGACACACCAACUCCUCAAUGUUUAACCGCAGAAGCGACUCUCUCAAUUGGAAGAUCGACUGGCAGUUUCCUCUUUCGGAUGUGACAUACACGGACAAACUGGUGGAUGACAAACGAGUGAUCCAAUCUGCCUUGGAUGCAUACCUUUCACUGGACCAAUCAACUGAUGCUAUAAGACAAUCACUGAAGAAAUACUUUAUGAACCUGGAUCAGAUUCGAGUUGUGAUGUCCAAUGAGUUAGUUGGUUCGCAGAAGCGUUAUUUUGUUGUCGACACGUCAAAAACACUCGGCGAUUUUCUUGUUGGAAAAACUAUAGUGGAGUAUCCUACUUUUAUUGUAACACUUCAGCCGUUCUUGAACAGAUACAAACUGAUUCCCAAAGAAGAAGAAGACGCUUUGACGUUAGAGAUGCGUGAACGACGCUUGAACAAAUUUUUCAAUUAUCAGGACCGAAAUAACUCAAACAGCCAUUCUUCGACCAACCAAGUCAGUUCCAGAAAUGAAAGGUCGAGUGAAAAAAUUGAUCAAAGUAAGAGUUACCAAAUUGACCAAAACUGAUAAACUGUUUCGAGUUUGCUGAUUUAUCAUUUCAAUUAAGUCUGAUUCUUGCAUCAAAAGACACUUGUAUCAAAAAGCUUUGUUCAGAAAUUGAAGUUUGCUGAUGUGA